UUUUCACCUUAGACUUUUUAGAUAUAUUACGCUCUGUAAUCAAAAUUAUAACCUCCAAUACUCAAACAGCUUAUAUGGAGAUACACAGGUGUGUUUGAAAUAAUUUUCUGUGAAAAGUUGAAAAUGUAAAUAAAUAAAGCAAAAUGCCAAAGUGUAUAGCUCCUUACUGUAACAAUUCGUCGGAACAAGGAUAUGUAUUGAAAAGUCUGCCAACGAACGAAAAACUUCGAGCUAUAUGGAUAGAAAAUAUAACUCGUAAAUAUACAAUAAAAGAUUGGUCACCUACUGCAGAUUCGCGUUUAUGUGAAGUACACUUUGCUCCAGAAAUGUGGGAAAAUAGAAGACUGGACAAUUUACAAAAAUUAAAAAAACAUGCAGUUCCAACAAUUUUCGGACAUCACAUUACAAAAAAAACUUUUAUUGCAAGAAGCAGUAAAUCUACGCAGACAGAAAAUGAUGAGCUUGCUUUACAGGUUAUUAGAACUUCCGUUUCUAAUUGUGACCAGUCAACAUCUACAGAAGAAGGCGACAGUGAUUCACAAAAACUUGCAACUUUGAGAAGAGCAUAUAGCGUUGUGCGAAAUAGGAUAAAAUCUUUACAGUUAAAAAAUAAAGUAUUAACAGAUGUAUUACGUACAGAUAAAUAUAGAACAGCUCUGUACAGUUUAUUCAAUGAAGAUCAAGUACAGUAUUUAAUUACUGACCAAAAAAAACUACAGCAUUGGUCGCAUGAAACUGUUGAACGAGCAGUAAAAUUGAGGACAGUUUGUGGUACCCAUGGUUAUAAAGAACUCCAAUCGCAGGGUAUACCUCUUCCUUGUCUUCGUGUGUUACAACGGUCACGACCCAAAGUUUAUUCGCAAUCAGAAACUCCACAAUCGACAACUACUCUGUCGUCCGAAGAAUUACUAUCAAUAAUCAAUGAUGAUUGGGACUGAUUUCUGAUAGAUAAAUUCUUGGAUGUGAUACUAGAGUACAAAAGUUUCGUAAAGGCGUAAUUUCUUUUAUGUAUCACUAUGAAUUUAUUAUUGACAAUGACAACUUUACAUGACAACCUUUUUUUUUUAAUUAAAAAAUGUUGAAUAUCUGAAAAUAGUUAGAUACCAUUAAAAAAAAAAAAAAAAAAAACUAAUUCAUUCUUGUUCUUGUUAAAAAUGUUCUCAAAAGUUUGUUGCGUGUGAAUUUGAUUGUUUUCUCACUAUUUUUUUGAAUUAUUUAUGGAAAUUUGUGAAAUGGUUUAGUCAUUAUUAUUAUUCAUAAUUUAAAUUAUAGCUACUAAACGCAUAAUUUUAAACCUUUUAUUUUUCACGUUUUUAAUUGUUAAUUAUAAUCAACUAUAAAUUUACAUUAAUAAAAAAUUAUUGCAUUUAAUUUCAAUUAUGAGAUACUUACGAAAACAUUCGGUAUAUCAUUUUGUUCUUGUGUUCCAGUAAAUAAAUAGAUUCAAAGCUCCAUCAUGUGCUUCGACUUUUGAUUCUAUCAAUAAGAAAUUACAAUUUUAUAGCAUGUUUAAGCAAGUAAAUUUUGUAAAUGAAUAAAAACAUUCUUUUAAAUCUCCAUAUGAACGUGUCAUUACUGAUAUCAUGGUGUUCACUGUUAUUUUGAUUGUUGAAAAUUGUCUGAACCAUGUGUAAAUUGAUAUUAUUUAACGUCAAAAAUACAACAGCAUCUAUUUAAUUAUCUUGACCUGAUGAUCAACAGUUUCUACAAUAAAUAUUGGACUUUGUUUCAAUUAUAAUGGUUUUAACAAACGCUUUAGUUUCAUGAAACCAUGAUGAGCGUAAUAACAUGUCUGUCAGAAAAAUGAUUGAUCAAUAUAAAGUUUAUAUAAAUGAUUGUUAAUAAACAUAAUUCACAAUUUUUUUUGAACUAUUAUAAAAUUUUUAUUUCAAUUUUCGCUUGAUAAUUUAAUUUUAAUAUUUAUUUAAAUUUUAUACAUCUAAUUUGGGUUUACAUAUUUUUUAUCUUAAGUUAUUUCAACCACUAGGCUCCUUAGCGAUUAUUUUUAUAACUGAAAUUGAGAGUUUUUAGUUUUUUCUGAAACAUAUUAGCUUGCUGUGAUUCAAGUUUAUGAUGUAUAUUAUGUAUUGUUAUAAAAAUUUUUUAAGGACGUAAAAUAUAAGAUAGAAGUGUUGUAAAGAAAAGAUUAAUUUUCUAAAAGUUUGACUAGGUAAAUUCUGUGACAAAACAGCAAGCGUGACCAACAUAGGCGUGAUAAUUUCAUUUCUUAUAAAUUUUUCGUAACUUCGAAAAAAAUUUUUUUUGAUUAUUAGGCUUGUAUGAAAUAUUAGAUUUAUCAACUUUAUUAUGUAUAUUUCAUUAUAUGAGUUUAAAAAAUAAAAAAUUGCAUACUUCAAUUUA